AUGGUGGAGCACGGUGUUAUAACAGAAGAGCAACAGAGGCAGAUCGCCGAUAACAUAAACAACGUCGUUAACAACCAUUCGAAGUCUGGGGAAUCUACUCCCCCUACCGAUCGUCCCGUCCGCGUAUACGCUGAUGGGAUCUACGAUCUCUUCCAUUUCGGUCAUGCUCGCUCCCUUGAACAAGCCAAAAAGUCGUUUCCCAAUACGUACUUGCUGGUGGGAUGCUGCAGUGAUGAGAUUACACACACGUUCAAGGGCAAGACUGUUAUGACUGAAUCUGAGCGCUAUGAAUCGUUACGCCACUGCAAGUGGGUUGACGAGGUUAUUACUGAUGCACCGUGGGUGAUAAAUCAAGAGUUCCUUGACAAGCACCAAAUUGAUUAUGUUGCUCACGAUUCUCUUCCUUAUGCCGAUACUAGUGGGGCUGGAAAGGAUGUUUAUGAAUUUGUCAAAGCUGUUGGGAGAUUUAAAGAGACAAAACGGACUGAAGGAAUUUCAACAUCAGACAUCAUAAUGAGGAUUGUGAAAGAUUAUAACCAAUAUGUAAUGCGUAAUCUAGAUCGUGGAUAUUCAAGAAAGGAGCUUAAUGUUAGCUUUGUGAAGGAAAAGCGACUAAGGGUGAAUAUGAGACUGAAGAAGCUACAGGAGAAAGUCAAAGAGCAUCAAGAAAAAGUGGGGGAGACGAUUCAAACAGUUGCAAAAACAGCUGGCAUGCAUCGCAAUAUGUGGGUCGAAAAUGCUGAUCGCUGGGUCGCUGGAUUUCUUGAGAUGUUUGAGGAAGGUUGCCAUAAAAUGGGGACAGCCAUAGGUAAAAGGAUUCAACAGGGGAGCGGGUUGUUGUUAAAUGGCCAUAAGAUUGAUGAUGAUGAUGAGUACUAUUAUGACGAUGAGGAAGAGGAAUGGGAAGAGGAAGAAUAUUACGAUGAUGAAGAAUACUAUGAUAGUGACGAAAAGUUAUGA